CUUUGGAUUCGGGCUGUCUGAGGCUGCAGUAUAGGGCGCGCUCCCGCUCCAAACAAAGAAACCGUGUAGUAGCAUCACAUCUAUUCUGCUGCAAGACCAUCCUUUUCCCAACACCGACCUUACUAAACCUGAAGCAACCAUGACGGCAAACGGAACCAGCGACAUGCUCAAGAUCCAGUUUGGGCUCAUCAACUGCGGGAAUAAGUACCUUACCGCUGAAACCUUUGGGUUCAAAAUCAAUGCGUCCGCUACCACCAUGAAGAAAAAACAAAUUUGGACCUUGGAGCAGAACGGGGACGACUCCAACAUGGUCUUCUUGAAGAGUCACCUGGGCAGGUAUAUCGCGGCCGACAAAGAUGGCAAUAUCACAGGUGACAGCGAGACCCCCGGCGUGGACUGCCGGUUUAUAAUCACGGCUCACGACGAUGGGCGGUGGUCCCUGCAGUCUGAGCCUCACAAGCGCUAUCUGGGCGGCACAGAAGACCGGAUCACCUGCUUCGCCCAGACCAUCUCCAUCGCCGAGAAAUGGAGCGUCCACAUUGCAAUGCAUCCCCAGGUCAACAUCUUCAGCCUCACGAGGAAAAGAUACGCUCACCUAAGCGCCAAGCAUGACGAGAUUGCCAUCGACAGGGACGUCCCUUGGGGGGUCGACUCCCUGGUCACUCUGGUGUUUCAGGACCAGAGGUAUCACCUGCAGACCUCAGACUAUAGGUUCCUGAAAAACGACGGGGCGCUAGUUCAGAAGCCUGACAAGACCACUGGGUACACCCUGGAGUUCAGGUCUGGAAAGGUGGCGUUUAGGGACUGUGUUGGGAAAUACCUAGCGCCUUCUGGUCCAAGCGGAACGAUGAAAUCUGGCAAGAGCUCCAAGGUCGGGAAAGACGAGCUGUUUGUCAUGGAGCAGAGCCAUCCUCAGGUGGUGCUGACCGCUGGCAACGACAGGAACGUGUCCAUUAGGCAAGGCAUGGACCUGUCUGCCAAUCAGGAUGAGGAGAGCGACCAGGAAACAUUCCAGGUGGAGAUCAGCAAGGACACCAAGAAGUGCUCGUUUAGGACCUGCACUGGGAAAUACUGGACCCUCACUGCCAACGGAGGACUGCAGUGCACUGCCUCCACCAAAACUGCCAACUGCUACUUUGACAUUGAGUGGCGCGAGAAGAAGAUCACUCUGAGGGCCACCAACGGGAAGUACGUGGCGGCCAAAAAGAACGGCCAGCUCGCCGCCACGAUCGACGCGGCAGGCGACACCGAGGAGUUCCUGAUGAAGCUGAUCAACAGGCCCAUCAUCGUGCUGCGCGGCGAGCACGGCUUCAUCGGGUGCCGAAGGGUGACCGGGACCCUGGACUGCAACCGCUCCUCCUACGACCUCUUCCAGCUGGAGUUCCACAACGGGGCCUACAGCCUCAGAGAUUCCACCGGGAAGUACUGGAUGGUGGGGAACGAGUCCUCGGUGGUCAGCAGCAGCGACGCGCCCGUGGAGUUCCUGCUGGAGUUCUGCGACUACAACAAGGUGGCCAUCAAGUCCUCCGAGGGCAAGUACCUCCGCGGGGACCACGCCGGCGUGCUGCGGGCCACCGCCGACGCCAUCGACAGCUCCACCAUGUGGGAGUACUAGACGCACUUUAGCUAACCGCCGUGGCUUCCCGCUUUAUUUCACCUUUUCAGGUCAGGUUUGGGGUUUUUUUUUUUUUUUGUUGGCGGGGCUGGGUCUCGGGCGGAAGGGGUCGGGGGGAGUCCGGGGCCGUGCCCGCUGGUUGACCGGGCACACGCACCUGGGUUGCGUUGGCAGAUUAGCCCAGGGCUUAAAGGUGUGUGUGCCCCCUCAACCUACUGGUCGUGGCCAUAUGCUGACCCCUCCACUGGACUGAGUCCCGCCAACAGUUUUCCUUUUUUUAACAAAAAAUCUGUGGUUUUGCAUGCAUGCGUGGGGUUCGGACGGUUGAAAGGGACGCACGCCGUCCAUGGGGGGGCUUUGAAGGGAGGGUUUUAAAGCUGGGGGGUCAGCGUCUCUGGCCAGCCCCCUCGUAAAAGGUCGGUCAUACACCACAAGCUGCUCCAGGGCAUCUGAUCCCUCCAUAUUAUCAGAGGUGGAAUAUCCAAGGGUCAGAAAAUGAAAGUCAUGCCUUGUGGUUCUUCACCCAUCAACUCCCAUCAGCUCAUUUGACUAAUUACUUCUACCUCCUGGCUGAAGAAUUAUGCUUAUUAGCAAAUCCAGUUGAUUGGAAAUAAAUACUGGGGAGGACAUUUCAUUUCUGAACCUGGAUUUUACACCACUGCAUUUUUUUUGUUGCUAUAUCAUUUCUCUUACACCAUGCUCAUUUCUGGCAAAGGCGAAGACGAGCAUUCUCACAGGGUCGCUGAAUUUCGGAGUGAGACUAGCUCCCGUGUCUGUCCGCUUUUUGCCAGCCCCUCUUCGACAAGCACACUUUCACAGACAUGUGACAUCUACACACCCAUAGAACCCAUUACCCCAAGCGUUAUGCUCUCCCUGAAAAAAAUCUGCACAGUGUAUUUGAUGCUAAUGCUAAGUGUUUGAAUUGUACAGACCAGUCAAUGGCAGUAUUCAAUGGUAUGUUUGCUGUGUUUUACAUUUAUCACAUGACUUUCAUUUCUCACCGUAUAAUUGGUCUGGUACUUAAGGAAAUGCCCCAAACACCAGUAUUGCCAUGCCAUACAACACUGUCUUUGUGUCCUUAGCUAUUCAUCUAUGGGAUGUUUGUGAUGUUAUGCCAACUUGUGUAUCUUGACUGGAGUCUCUGUCUGUGGUAUAAAAAUGUAUUUCAAUUGCUCAGAUGGAGAAAAUUGGAAACUGGAAAUGAAUUCUGUUUUUGGCUUAGGAAGAACAUGCAAAAAAUGUAACCCAUCUCAGUUGUGUUGCUAAGCAACUGCUAAAGACCUGAUUCACAGCCUGACAGAAAAGCAAACACCAAGCAAUGUGAAGAUAUGAAACAGUGUAAUUUACUUUAAAUGGAAAAUGCUCUUUGCGGCUGACAUGUGAUUCCAUGGAUAUUGCCUGUACUGUGUGGUUCUGUAUCUGACAUUUGUAUUGACUGCAGGUUAUAAGUUAUUGUUGCAGGUUCAACAUGUUUAAACCAGUGCAUUUUUUAAAAAGUCUGUCUUUCACACACAUGAUUACUUGGGGGUUAUUGCAGCUGAUAUGCAGGGUCACGAGUGUCAAAGAAAUGCAUUUGUCAGGAAUGCAAAUCCUCUAACUGGAAAAAGUAACCGAACUGCGUUGCAUGUUGUGUCCGUGAGCAGGGUAGCGAUUGAGCACGCCCCUAGUUUUGAGGCUGUGUAACCGGCCGCAGGGCGCUAAUUUCAUAGCGGAGAGAUGUUUUAUAUUAACGAGUCGACCACCAUGAAGUUCCGCGACUGUUUUCAGCGAGCGUAAUGUUAGCUUGAUGAGCUGUCAGCUAAAGAACGAGUGAGACAGUGCAACAGACAAACAGGGGAAACGUAGGAAUGAUCUUGUGUAUAUUUGUUAUGAUGAAAAGUAUUUCGACGCGCAGCACAAUAAACUAGGGUCGUAUCGCCGGGCAGAAUAACUUGAGUUUAAUGCUCUUGAAAUGGCGGCGUAAUGCAUUUCAGUCAUAUUCCGCAAAUCAUAUAAACACCACUCUGUGCCGGUUCUAGGCAAACGGCUUUUAGUAAAAUGCAGGAAAGUUCCUUAGAGGGAGAUGGAUGCUUUCGUCACGUUCAAAAGCACGCGUCUUUAUCAGUACAAUCUCUGAACGAAUCACAGGACAUUUUAUCUUUGCACACAACGCGCACACAUUAAUGAUUGGUACUGCAGUAUCACAUGGGACAUCUACAGCAAUAAGCACCAAGUGCAGAUUGUGUAGCAAGAAAAAUAGAAAAUGCCCAGUGCUACCUUGAAAGUGUCUUGCUCUCCAGUGUCACCAAACGAAGUAACGGUGCAGAUUACUACUGUGCCAUAUGUUGCCUUUGGCCUUGGACUUCAUACAAGUCAUCCAGGAAAGUUAUCUUUUGGACCGGUGCCUGCUUUUACCAGUUCCAUUACAAUAAAGUAACAAUUUUCAGUUCAGAUGGCAAAGGACGGAGUACGGUUACAGGCUGGGGAUGUUUAUGGAAUAUUCGUGAGGCAAAAGGAAUGAUAGUGGUCAGAGUAGUGGUCAUCCAAAGCAUUCAUUCCAUUUGUUGAUUUCGGAAAGGCAAAUCUUUUUUUUUUUUUUUAUCAUUUUGAUAAUGUUCGUAAAUUUUUUCUUAUGUGCCAUUUGUAUAACUUAAAAUCCAACGUCAAAUAAAGUUUGCGUAUGAAA